ACCUUUUGUUUGACAUUUGUAAUUUGACGUCCGAAAGAGACGCCCGUCAUUUUGGUUGUCAACCAGUUUUUCACGGCAAUCGCGCGGAUUCUGCAAUAAUUAUCAGUGAUUGUAAACAAACAAUUUGUGGAAAAUCUUGCUAAAUAAGUGAUUUUACUAGUCGAGAACACGGCCGGCUGCAGCGAUGUCGGUCGUCAUCGAAACUACGAUUGGCGACAUCACGGUGGAUCUGUUCCUAAAGGAACGACCACAAGCCGCACUAAAUUUCCUGAAGCUGUGCAAGCUGAAGUACUACAACUACAACCUGUUCCAUACGAUCCAGUCGGAAUUUAUUGCCCAAACUGGCGAUCCAUCCGGUGUCGGUGAUGGUGGCAUGUCCAUCUGGGGCAUCCUCGAAGGAGAACACAAGCGAUACUUCGAGGGCGCCAGUGUGCCAAAGAUUAAACAUUCUGAGCCGGGACUACUGUCGAUGGUAAACGCUGGCGAGCAUUUGAUUGGGUCUCAAUUUUUCUUCACCCUUGGAGCUGAUCUGACUUCGCUCGAUGGUCGCCAUACCGUGAUUGGUGAGGUAACGGAGGGGCACGAGGUGCUGCGGAAGCUGAACGAAGUCAUUUGCGAUGAGCGGCACCGACCGUACAAGGAUGUGCGUAUUACGCACACAGUCGUACUGGAUGAUCCAUUCGAUGAUCCGCGAGGUUUCCGGGAACCGAGCCGGUCUCCUUCACCAUCGGCGGAGCGCUUGCAGGGAGGUCGUAUCGCGGCGGACGAAGAAAUCGACGAUCUGGGUGGGAAAACUGAACAAGAGAUUGCGGAAAUGAUUGCUGAGCGGGAGGCGAAAGCACGGGCCACGAUUCUGGAAAUUGUCGGUGACAUACCGGAUGCGGACAUUGCACCACCGGAGAAUGUACUGUUUGUGUGCAAGCUGAAUCCGGUCACGACGGACGACGAUUUGCAGAUCAUUUUCAGUCGGUUCGGAAUGAUCAAGGGAUGCGAAGUAAUCCGAGACAAGCUGACCGGAGACUCGCUCCAGUAUGCGUUUAUUGAAUUUGAAAACCAGAAGUCCUGCGAAGAUGCGUACUUCAAGAUGGACAAUGUGCUAAUUGACGAUCGACGCAUUCAUGUUGACUUUUCCCAGUCCGUUUCGAAGGUGAAAUGGCGCGGCAAAGGACGCGGAAUAGAGUUUAAAGAUGGUGCCGAUAAGCGAUCAUUUAAGGAUUUCGAUGGAAAGAAGCAACAAUCAAAUCGCAACGGCGGAGGAUCAAGAAUGGAGCAUCAGAAUGUUUCCCCGCAGAGAAGAGCACGUGAACAAGAAAAGCCAAGGAACCGGUCGGAGUCUAGAUCUCGGUCGCGAUCUGCUUCACGAUCGAGACCCAUCAAAGCUGAUCGGGGGCGACAACGUAGCCGAUCGCGCGAUCGAAUGCAGAACCGUGAUCGGGACAGAAACCGUCCUCAAGGGCGCAACGUACAAGAAGGUGGUGUUCGUGGACGAAAACCGAAAUUGACUGAACGAAACUCAGCCUAUUUGGAGCAACGAAAUGGGCGAGACAUUCGCAUUAAUCAGGGCAAGGUGGACUACAAGAAUCGCCCGUAUCCAAACAGUUUCGUGCAACGGAAAGGUCCUCGCGAUAAGAAUGCAAAGCGUGGUGGCAAUUUGGGUCCUCGAGCCUCCAGUGGGAAGCGUCACGAACCACCACCACGACGUCGAUCUAGAUCGCGUUCAAGAGAUCGCCGCAUGAGACGUUCACGUAGUGGAUCACGCUCGAGAGAUCGCCGUCACAGCUCUGAUCGCUACAGAAGUCACCGAUCAUACUCGCGCGAAGCUAAGGGACGCAGACCAAAUGAUGCGGCUGACCGUGUUGUUAACCGUCAAUCACCUAGCCAGCAGCGGUCCAAUCCAGAUUUUCGCCGAGUGGGUACUACAAAAUCAAUCCCGGUCUCGUCCGAUCGAGAUCAGCAGCGGGAAUCAAAACCGACCAAACGUCGGUCGGCAAGUUCCGGUUCAACGAGCCCCCCACCCAAAGGGAAAAGGAAGAGAAGUUCUUCCCGUUCGUCUAAAUCGGCUAGUUCGUCCUCGUCGGGUUCCCACAGCGAGUCGGAUGAAAGGUCGAAAAAGCGGAAGAAAAAAUCUGCGAAAAAGAAAUCGAAGAGGAGCAGCAGCAAGUCAGACAGGAAGCGAAAAGAUUCCAUUUCCUCUAACGAGGAAAAGCACAGGAAGAAGUCUAAGGGAAAGAAGAAGAAACGGAAGCAUUAGAAUAUAGAAACAAUGCAGAAUGUGCAUUUUAAUUAAUUGUAGGCCAGCCAGCGCGAGAGAUACAUGAGGGGAGAGUACUAAUGAAGGCAAAAUUAACAGAAAUAAGAUGCAAAUAGAGUUAGUUUUUAAUUGAAUCAGUAAAAUGAAAAAGAUUUUCAUGUAAUAAAAGCUAGGAUCGAAAUGUAA